AUGGAGGGAGCUCAGGGAGGCGGAGAGGAUGAGCAGGCGGUCGCGCCAAGCACUGGGGCCGGGCCGGCCGGCCAUGGCCGCGGAAUCGGCAGAGGAGCAAGGGCGGCAGCUGCAGCUCCACCACCAGCAUCUGGAUUCGGCCGAGGCCGAGGUUCAAGCAGUGGCGUCCCCAGCUCUAGGAGUGGCAUUGGCAAGAACAACAAAAAAAAUGAUUUGAAGAAUUAUUUCACAAUUUUGAGUGUCGGUUCAAGUUCAAGUGGCAGCGGCCCAAGCACUCAUGAAAGUGGCAAUGCCACUACUUCAGCGGCGGGAGAAGUUGUUCAUGAAAAUGAAGCUAUGCAGACGGUAGCGACUGAUUUAGCACACGUUGAUAUUGGUGUCGAUGAUGCACAACCACCGGAACCACAACAGCAAGAAGAUGAAGGUAUCAGCCUUAUCAUGGAAUUUGACCAGCAUGUUCAUAUUGUAGCUGAUCCAGAUCUUAGAAUGCCAAUUGAGAGAUUUCAUCCUAAUAUUCAAUCGGAUGUUAGAAGGGCUUAUUUAUUGAGAGGUCCGACACAACCUAUUGGACAUAAUUUUCCUCGCAAGCGUGUUGGUAAUGAUUGGAGACAAUUUCUCCCAAAAUGGUUUAAGGACCAUGAUUGGUUAGAGUAUAGUGUGUCCAAGGAUGCAGCAUAUUGCUUCUAUUGUUUUCUUUUUAGGCAAGAAGCCGACCAUGAGAAAUUUGGUCAUGUGGUUUUCACAAAGACAGGGUAUAAUGAUUUUAAACAUUCGUAUAGAGGAUUUCCAUGUCAUGUUGGAGGAGUUUCUAGUUGCCACAAUAAAGCUAGAUUAUGUGCCGAAGAUUUUAAGAAUCAGAGAGCAAGUAUUACCCAUAAGAUUGAUGCUAAUACCAAAACUGUAGAAAUGCUCUAUGAAGUUCGCUUGACUGCUGCUCUAGAUGUUGCAAGCUUUCUCAUUGCACAAGGUCAUGCUUUUCGUGGCAAUGAUGAAUCUGGCACCUCUCUAAACAAGGGCAAUUUUUUAGAAAUGAUUGAUUGGUACAAAAACAGGAAUGAGGAUGUGAGGGUAGCAUUUGAUGAGUUAUGUCAAAAUAAUGCCCGCAUGACUUCUCCUCAGAUUCAACAAGAUAUUACACGGAGUUAUGCUGAAGAGGUCACUGAAGUAAUAAAAGAAGAAAUUGGAGAUGGCUAUUUCUCGGUUCUAAUUGAUGAAUCCCGUGAUAUCUCAAUAGCUGAACAAAUGGCUGUGCUUGUGAGAUUUGUGAACAAAAAGGGAAUGGUUGUGGAAAGAUUUUUGGGUCUGCAACAUGUUGAAGAUACAACAUCAAGUUCCCUAAAGAAAGCUUUGACUGAGAUUCUUGCUGCCCAUGGUUUACCUAUUUCUAGACUAAGAGGCCAAGGAUAUGAUGGUGCUUCUAACAUGAGAGGUGAAUUCAAUGGUUUGCAAAAACAGAUCCGUGAUGAGAACCCUUAUGCUUUCUAUGUUCACUGCUUUGCUCAUCAAUUACAGUUGGUUAUUGUUUCGGUUGCAAGUUGCUGCUCCUCUUUUGAUGAUUUCUUCAACUAUGUGGGUUUAAUUGUCAGUAGUACUAGUGCAUCUUGUAAGAGGAAGGAUAAAUUACAAGCACAACAUCGUGAAACCACUAUAGCAAAGUUAGAGAGUGGUGAGAUUCUAAGAGGGAGGGGAAGGAAUCAAAUGACAAACUUGCAUAGACCAGGAGAUACAAGAUGGGGUUCUCAUUACAUAACAUUACUUCGUAUUGAGUCAAUGUGGGAUUCUGUAGUCAAGGUGUUAGCCAUGAUUCAUGAAGAUGAACGUAAUCCUGGCCGAGCUGGUGGUUUGGUGCACAAAAUGGAAAGCUUUUCCUUUGUUUUAAAUAUGAAGUUGAUGUUGAAAGUGUUCCGUAUUACAAAUGAGUUGUCUCUUCUUUUUCAAAGAAAAGACCAAAACAUUGUUGAGGCCAUGUCAUUGCUUAUUGAUGUGAAAGCUCGCUUGAUCAGUUUAAGAAAUGAAGGCUGGGAGCAAUUAUUGGAAGAGGUCAAAUCAUUUUGUGUUGCAAAAGAAAUUCCAAUACCAAAUAUGGAAGAGCCAAUACCAAGAUGGGGCAGAUCAAGGCGUGAUGGCAACUUAAUCACUCAAGAGCAUCAUUACCGUGUUGAUACUUUCCUUGCUGCACUUGAUGCUAUAAUCAUGGAGAUGGAUCAUCGCUUCAAUGAGGUAUCAUCUGAGUUGCUUGUUUCAUUUGCAUGUCUUGAUCCAAGAGACAACUUUGUUAGGUUUGAUGUUGAAAAGAUUGCUCGGAUAACUGAGAUCUAUGAUCAAGAUUUCUCUAUUCGUGAUCGUGAUAAUAUAAGGGAAGAACUUGAGACAUUCCUUGUUCAUGUGAGUAGAGUUGAUGAUUUCAAAUCUUGUCAUGACCUUGGAAGCUUGGCUACAACAAUGAUUGCAAAAAGAACACAUAUCCUUUUUCCAUUGGUCUAUCGCAUCAUUGAGUUAGCAUUGAUCCUACCUGUGGCAACAUCUUCGGUUGAAAGAGCCUUCUCAGCUAUGCACUUCAUCAAGACAGCUUUGCGGAACAAGAUGGGUGAUGAAUGGCUCAAUAACUUGUUAGUGUGCUACAUUGAGAAAGGGAUCUUCAAGGAACUUGGUAUUGAUAAAGUUAAGAAGAGGUUUCAAUCUAUGAAAACCCGAAGAGUGAGCUUGCCAAAGAGCCCUCGACGUCAUCGAAGCUCUUAGCCCUGUACCAGUAGUUCAUGCAUUCUUGGUUAUUUCAUUAUUUGUAAUUUGCAAUGUAAGGAUCAAAGUCAUCCAAUCAAGAACUAUUUAUUCUUCAAAAU